AUGGGGCGGCUCGGCUUCGACGGCGUCCUGGAUUACCGCGCCGACAACUUCGCCGACCAACUGUUAGCUAUGCUACCCUAUGGACCGGAUGUCUACUUCGAUAAUGUCGGUGGGAAGCUCUCUCAGGUCGUGAUGGGCCAGAUGCGCCGUCCGGGCCGCAUUGUCGAGUGCGGUCAAAUUGCAACCUACAAUGACCCGGACACGGCUUGGAAGGUCGAUAUUUCCCCGAUCCAUGCUAACGGGCUGCGAUUUGACGGUUUCAGCGUCGCUCUAUUUCUACACCGGGCCGCCGAAGCCCGGACAAAACUCCGCGGCUGGGUCGAAGGCGGUCAGCUUGACCCUCUCGAGCACGAGCUUCGCGGUCUAGAGCAACUUCCCGGGGCGAUAGCCGGUCUGUUCAGCGGAAGCAACACUGGUAAACUGAUUGUCACCAUAGAGUGA